AUGGGAACCUCCACAGUGGCCCGGCCGAUGACUCGUUUCUCCCCUGCUCUGUCUUGUCGUGCUAUAUCCUACUUCCAUCUCUUCUCUUCAGGCAUUCUCGAUUCCACCCUCAGACCCCCUGGAAGCCUAUGGUCUUUGAGUCCAAGUAAACCAGAAGGUUCGUCUCCGAAGCUGACCCGGUUAUUGACCUCGCCGGGUGGGCCUGAUGGAGCACAACAGGCAAUUAAAACAUGUUUCGAAGAGCUAGGCUCUGCUUGUGUUUAUGUGGAGGGUAUUUUCUUCUACCUUUGGUUUAUUCCCAUCCCUAACGGAUGA